AAAAAAGAAAAGAAAAAAACAACAGGCAGAACGACAACUGAGCUGAGCGCAUGAGACAGUCAGCAAAAACACACCCAAGCAAACUUUAUUUAAACCGACCCAGGUAACAGCGGUGCAGGAGGAGAGGAGGCUCGGGACAUUCAGUUCUUUCCCAGAGAGGGAGGAAACCCCUCAGGAUCACUUCCCAAACACACACUGGGAAUAUUUCUCUAAACUUCUGAGAAAUUUUAUUUAAACCAGCAUGGCUGCUGCGCUGUUCAGAGCUGCAACAGGACUGAGUGUCAGACGGAUCCACGGGGAGCUGUGUAGAGUGAGGUGGGCGCCACAGGCUGCUCGGUUCAGCUCCAAACCAUCAGACAGAGACCCGCCACGCAGAACACACAUCAAGAAAGCCAAGGCCCAGCCUGCAGAAGAAGUUGAUAAAGUUCUGGACAAACUCUUCUCUGAAAGGAGGCCGGGGACAGCGCCCCCUGCUGUUGGUGAAGAGCUUUCCAAAGAUGCCGCCAUGAUAAAUACCAGGUCAGCCCAGGAUCCACACAAAGCAGCUAACAGAGACUCUUUGGAGAAAGAAGAGGAGAAAGCCAGCAAAGCAGAAGCCUUGAUACUUGAGUCAACUUUAGCAGAAGUGAAGGCUGAUGUGGGGAGUCUUGAAACUGAAGCUCUGCAAGAAACUUGUGACUCGCUCAAGAAGGGAGAGGAGCUACCAAAAGAGUUGGAAGUGAAGAUGCCAAUAGAAGAUGUUUCUCUUUCUGAAGGUGCAACAGAGGUGGACAAUUUAACACUAGAUUCCAUCCCUGAAGCUACGGAUGCACUGGAAGCUCAAACAUCAGCAGUCCCUGAAGCUGUGAUUGGAUCUGAGCAAGGACCAAUACAGUCGUCUGACACUGACCAGGAACUGAGACUAAACGAUGGGGUGAUCAAUCAGAACAAAGAAAAAGGGGCAGCAGAGCCCGAAGGAAAUGUUUUGGAGACCAUGUCUCUUGAGUCUGUGAUCUUGGCUGAAGUUGAGGCGUCGUUGGGAACUCUGGAAAACAAAUCUCUGAGUGAAACCUCAACUUAUCUGGAGAAAGAAGCUGCAGUUCUUGCUGUAGAGAAGAAGAUGGAGGUAGAGGAGGAAACCACUACAAAAGAGAUGACUGAGGCUACAAACGUUGACCCUGUGUCUCUGCCUGGAGUUGAUUCUCUGCCUGAAGAUCUGCAGACUGAUGUGCUGAUGGAGAAGCUGCUCUUUACUGUUCCUGCUAAUGUAGAGGGUGCACGAGAGAGCCAGAUUAUUGAGGAGGCUGUAACAGCAGACAGUCAGGAUGUUGUAACAGCUUCUGUUGAUAACGUGGCUGCAGAGUCAGAUGAUCAUCCAGCUCCUCCUCUUCCUCUGAAAGAGGAGCUGCUGGUACAAGAAGAGGAAGGAGCCACAGGAGAUAAAGAAGAUACAGGGACACACACAGAUUUGGAUCCUGUGCAGAGACUCUUCCUGGAGAAGAUCAGAGAAUACACUAAUCUGCACAGGUUGAAUGCAGGAUUCCUGGAGGCGGAGCCAGAUUACCAAAAGAACCUGUCAGAGGAGACGGCUAAGCUCCAGAGAGUCUAUGGAGGAGGAGACCUCAGCAGCUUCCCUCAGUUCACCUUCACAGAUCCCAAAUUGGACCAGGAGUCCAAAUGAUCCAUGAAUGGAGCCUCCAACUCUCUACACUCUUCCUCAACCUCUCCCCCUCCAUUAACUCCUCAAUUCAUCUUUAUUCCAUGAAAGAAAAAAGAGGAAGCAUGUGCAUUGAAAUCUAACUGUGGUUCUCUGGCUAAAAUGUGGGAAACAUGUGUUACUUGUGGCUGUUUGUUUUCUGUGUGAUGUCCAAUACUGAAAUUUAUUAGAUUAAAACACGAAAAAGGCAUUUUUUGGAUGUUCAGCAGCAUUGGAGUAUGUGUGUGUGUGUGUGUGUGUGUGUGUGAGUGAGAGAGAGAGAGAGAGAGAGAGAGAGAGAAAGAGAGAGAUGCAAUUAAAGUAUCACACACAAUGCCUCAUUGAACAGCAGAUGGAGCUGUCAGCCACAUCGCUCUCAUUUGGCCCAAUUUAUCUUCCAUAUACCUCUCUGUUUCUGCACCUUACACCCUUACAUUUCUCUGUCUUCUCUGCAUAUGUGAGCUAUCUUUUUCUGUGUUGCCUCUCUCAGUUUUGGCAUGUGGUGACAGAAGCAGCACUUGUCACUUCAAACCCCCAGCCCCCACCCACCGUCCCUCAGUCACGACUCUGUCUCACUAGAGAUGGUGUGAGUCAUAAAACACCAAAAAAGGAACACAGCACCAAACUACAUUCUA